UCCGCAAUAGCACCGUAUUUUCUGACACUCUCGGACCGCGACACACCACUACCCAGACACUCACACACCUACACCAGGCUGUUGUAUAUACAAUUAAUUAUACAAAUAGGACAUCGCAUACAGUGAUACGGGGAUUUCAGUUCCAGAAGGCCACAAGGAUAAAAAUGUUAUUUGUGCGUUCUCAACAUAUAAUCUUUUUUUUCCGGAUUUUCUGCUCGUAAAAAUCGGUUCGGUGUUAAUUUCCCAAUGAAAAUGGGUUUCGUUUGAAGUUUUGUGAGUUAUAGUGGAUAAAAGUGGGCUUGAAUUGUGGUGCCAUAAAUCGUGAAAAGGAUCCAUUUUCUCAGACACAACUCUUCACUGGUUGAAAAAAUGUUGCCCUGAAAGUAGGCAAGCCACUUAAUUUGCAUGAACGUGUCUUAAAUAGUGAAAGAUGGUUGAAUGAGAUUGCAGAACAAAUGAAGUGAUGGGGGAAUUAUAAAAAGUGUGAGUGAUAUGACAACAAAACAACAAUGCAACUUACCUUGAGAAAAUCAAAACCGAACACAAAUGAUCAUUAAAUGAGUCUGAAGCAUUCGCGACAUGCCCGUACAGCUGUAAGUCAUCAAAGAUGAUAGUGAGUUUUUUCCCCGACCACAUAUGGGGAGGACACACAGCGAAAAGUCACCAGCAAAAGAAUCUGCUCUACCAUCGGAUCAUCUACGCCCUUAUUAGCGAUAAGUACAUAAAGAAUCGAAAGCUGCGAAAAUCGUACUUUGCACUGCUCUACCUAUCGUACGUGUUUAUCAAGAUGCUUCCAAUGACGUUGGCCAUUGAGACAACCAACACCGAGGCCAAACCGGCCACGGGGCUCAACGUUCGAACUCGCACGCUGCCGGAAAUGGUGGCACCUCAUCUAGAAGAAGAUGACGAUGACUACAACGACGAUGAGUACGAUGAGUACGAUGUUGUCAACAAUAAGUCUGCCAAAGGAGUGUACGUCGGAGCCCCGUGUGAAUUUACGUGCCACGCCAAGCUGCAUCACGUGUAUUGUGAUCCUUCCUCCAACACGUGCAGCUGCGAGAAAGAUUACGUAGUGCUGAUUGGAAUACUGAAAGGAUGUGCCAAGCCCAAAAAGUUAGGGGAACAAUGUUUCUACGAUCAAACCUGUAUCUACAACGACGAGCACGCCCAAUGCGUGCAGAUCAGUCACAACGCCAUCUGCCAGUGUGCACCCGGUUUCCACUCCGUUAGCUACGUAAAACCAACCAGACGUGUCUUCUGCACACAAGAUAUGGCUACAAUAACUGCGGAUCUUCCGACACUCUUCGGUGUCACCAGUGGCAUUGCCGUGCUAGCCGGUCUCAUUUGCAUGGUACUGCAUUUAUUUAGCAAAACGAAAUACCCUCGACCUCGACAUUUCGGCGAUGCUAACCUUGCGCCGCCGAUUUUGUACAACAGUGAUACAGGGAUUCCAUUGACAAUACAGUCGGCAAGGCCGUCAUCGCGUUCCAGUCAACGAUCUAGUGGCUCCAUCGGUUCCUAUGGCAAUCGACGGCCGUCAAGUGCUCCCUUACACGGUUCCAAAGGUGUCUUGGUGUCAACCUCGCGUACAGACUCUCGAAGACCAAGUUUAGCUUCAGUUCACAGUACAACGUCGUCGGUUCGGAGUUACAGCAUGCGGCGAUUUGAGCAGGAAAUCCAACAGAAAGAGCUGCGGCAAGAAAUGAAGAAACACCUGGUCCGGCUUCAGGAGCAGCAGCAGCUUCAGAAAAUCAAACCAAACAUCAUCAUAGGCGAUGUGAUAUCCUGCCCAAUGAACAAACCCAUCCUCACCACCCCCAGCCCGAUGACCCCGAACUCGAUAGACGACCUGCUCCCGUCAGUUGAUGAAACCCAGGAGUUUUCUCCUAACCUAAGCCAGAGAUCUGCUAGUGAUAGUAUGUGUGGUGGCUACGACGGCCCAUGCAGUUCCACUGAGCUGCUGAAAUAAUGAACGGUGCAAAGCAUGGCAUAAUGACACAAAUCUCAAAUUUACACACAACCACGAAGAGGAAACAACCUAGAGGUUAUCAUCAUUGUUGAAUAGACAUUUUAUGGAAUUUUUAGAUAAGUUACACUAUUAAGUACGACAUUUAUAUAGUGUAAUUCAGGCGUAGUCUAGAAUAACAACAACAUCAACAACAAAAAUAGGAAUGCAAAAAAUGGAAACAACAGGACGAAGAAGGUAAAUAUGUUAAACGAUAGACCAAUCUAAUCAAAACAAACAAAUCUGGUUAUGAAUCGAAUCGAUUUAGCUCUUGUUCCCAAAUACUGUAGUAUCAGUUGACUGAUAAAACAAAAACCCCAGUGAAGUCUAAAGUUCCAAGUUCCAUAGAGCAUCUGAGCCUCAGAUUUGAAGUUUAAUGUGAGAAAAUAUGAACAGACAAACAAAAAAAAUCAGCAGUGUUCUACUACUAAAUCACUAUAUAAGCAAUAAUCAAUCCGUACAGCAACAAGCUCAACCAGUUAUAAGUGCAGCAGACCUAUAAUUUGAUUAAAUUGAUGACUCAAACUGUUGAGAUGACACCGGAAUCAAACAUCGCAUAGUAAGACAACUGAAAAUACUCUUAUGAGAGAAUAAUUCAACGCACGAUAAACACAAAACAAAACAAAAAACGAGGAAAAGUACAAUGCUCGGAACCCGUAACCGGAACUAAAUGAAUUGAGAUAAACCUAGAACAAAAACAAGACAACAAGCAGUUAACUCGACAGAAGAACCAUUCUUCUUCCACUCAGUUAGUGAUUGUAAGAGCAAAAUGGAAUAGAUAGACUUCUGCGAGUUGUGUUACUUUAUCGCCCCAAUUCAACAGUUGAUUGAGUUGAUUCAAGUUUCUAUGGAAAAAAAAUAAACAUAAUAUGCAAGCUACUAAACAAAAAAACAUAACAGAUUACAAUAAUUCAAUUUGCUCUCAAACACAGAAAUUACCAACGUUGAAAGUGUAGCGUUUAUAUCCUAGGAUUUUUUCUAAUUAGAAAUCGGAUAAAUUCUAAAACCAAUGAAAAAAUACUGGGAAUGCUGAGAAGGACGUCGAUAUGCUUUAAGAGAAGAUAUAGUUUUGUUCAAGUAUUGACAUAUGAUAUAUAAAUUGUAUGGAUGGUAAUCGGAGAGAAAGAAAAAAAAAAUAUAAAUUCGUUAUGCGCGGAUGGAUAUUGCAGACACGCUUUGUGUUUGCAUAAAUGUUGCAUACUCAAUGCUGUAAUCUGUGCUAUACGUGAAUUUUCGCAUGAUUCAGUUUAAAAAACGCGAGAGGAUUCUAUUUGGUUGUUGAUCAAAACACUUAUUAUGUGGACAAUAUAGUUUUUUAUCGAAGACAACAAAUCAAAAAGACUGGCAACUCUUCCAUUUUCUCAUACGACCGCUAUGGAUCUAACACAAUCGCAUCAUCUUCCGCGCAAAGGUAAAUGCUUAGAACGAUUUUGAUAGCAAAGAGUACAACAUCAGAAGAAAGGUUUGUGUAUUUGCUCAUUUUUCCAUGCAGUACUUCCACCUUCGCUUGAGCGCAGAGCUACUGUAUCUGUCGCUUGGAUUCUGGCAGAGUUGCCAGUCUUCUUGAUUUGAUGUCUUCGUUUUUAUGCUAAUAAAUAAAAAUAAACCACAAUGAAUUCAAACAGAAUCGAUUUUGUAAGCAUUUGCUGUACCGGAACCACAUACAGUAAGGGAACUAGGUGUAAUACGCGGUAACUGCAUUUUUAUCGUGCUUUCCUUAGAUCAAUUUCCAUAAAAAUUUCCACAAAUGAUAGCUUAGCAUCUCAUCCAGAAAUCCUGAUUGGUAAACCUUUGAAUUUAUGUUGAAAAAUUCAUGAAGAAACGCCUUUAGUUAAACCCUCGUAUUACACCUCUAUUUUCCCUGCAAAAAUGUACAAUGAGCUAUAUUACUUCUCUGAACAUACAUCAGCAUUUUCGAAAUCUUGAAUGCUGGUUGAUGAAAUAUUCAAGGUUUCCCGGUAUAUAGUUUUGGGCUUGAUUGACUGAGUUCCUCCUGUUCACCAUAGCACCAUAGCAAACCUCCAAACUUCUGUGACACUUCAGAGAGGUUGUAGAGUUCUCUGCAUCUCUCUUAAGUUAGUGUCUAACUAAUACUAAUACUCAUACUAAUAGUAAGUGUUACAACUUAUACUAAUAUUUCCCAUCCCCAUUAGUUACAACGACGUAGCUAGGACUCUUCAUCGAUUCUCUCUUUUGUUAAUAACUUGGCUGCAGUCAUAUUUCGGGCUAAAUUUUCUACAUAGUUUGUUAAAAGAAAAUAUUAUUAAGCGUAUUUGAUGAUAAGAACAGCUGAACAUGUUUUUGGAAUCAAGUUAUUAACGAAAGAGAAUGUUAAUGAAGAGAAUCGAUGGAUUGGGCUAUUUGAAAAGUGACGCGAGAAUAUUUGAUUGUUGCAGAUAGUGCUACUUCCAUCUAAGAGGCCGAGAUAAAUCCCACAAUCUCGAUCAAUACGGUAAUGGACGGAGGUGGCAAUACUCUCAUACAAUGGUCUAGGACUUGUAGCGCCUACGAAUUUGUGCAACAUGCUUAUUGCGAAUGCAAAUCAUACGAAUAGACGCCCCUCAUAUCCCAGUACAACAACACUCACCUCCCUCCCUUCCUGCAAUACUUUUGUCAACGACAGUCUUGAGCUACCAGUGGGCACCUUACCAAAUUUCUACGCUCCACUAAUCGCUUUCAAAAAUUAUAACAUCUGAACUGACCUCAAAAAAAUAUUGAAUUGUUCUUGCAUUUGAAUCGUUUUCCGCCAUUUUGAAAUAACAAAUCGAGAACAAAAAUUGUGAUUUUUUUGGAAAAUUACUCAUCACUAGUACUGCAAGAAACAGUUUUAAACAUAAAACUAAAGUACGCUAAGUUCAAAUUUCGUAUGAACAUAGCCGAUCCUGCCCAAAAUUAUAAAUAAAAAUGGGUCAACUUUACAAUCCCGUGUUCUCCGUGUUUUAUAUUACAAAUUGCAAGCUACAAAUCAAAGUCGCAUAAUAUGUAUAUUUACAUCCAUUCUUCCCAAAAACAAAAGAAGCGCUAAUAGAGAAUCUAUGUUUCCUACCUUCAUUCGUAUGCCGAAGUGAAUCCAAUGACGUUUCAAUGUGUUUGGGUGGAAUAGAAACUCGUCUGACGGAAUUGGAAUCAACAAGCAGUGGCUUAUACACAAUAGUUCAACAAUGUGUGACUCUCAAUCAUAUCCAACGGUACUAAUGCAAAGGUAAUUAAAUUUUGAAGUCAUUAAAGAUAGAAACUUGUUUGAAAACAAGGGCGCAACACAUCUAAAGCUCAAUUCUAGAUGCUCAAAAUGUCUCAGCGAAUCAAUCUUCGAAAAAUCUUCUUUCAUUUCUCUCAUCUACUUGCAUCGCACAUUUGCAGGAAAUCUUCAGCACAGUCAUGAAUCUUCUUUCUAUCUUCUUAGGCUGUGAACCAUUUGAAGAGUUAAAUUUAACUCGUGGUUAAAAGUGACAUUGCGAAAGUUAUUUCUUAUGUUCGAAAAUCCCUGUGUUACCGAUCGAUCGGUUUUCAAGCAGAACUCAGCCACGGUUGUCAAAAUUUAUCUUCUCGUCGGUCAGAAAUAACCACGCUCGGAUAGCAGGGUUAAUCUAUAACUUUCCAUCUGUCUAAUUUUAACCAAAAGUUAAAAUAAUCCACCAAAUGGUUUAGAGCCUUAGCAUGAGUGCAGCUAUCCACAGUAAAACACAAUCUUUCCUGCAUCGUAAAUAGAGUCGCCCCCCUCGUUAAAAAAAGAGACGUAAAGUGCGGACUGUGCAUAGUACGACGGAAAUUAGAUGUAAAUCCUACUGUAUUUCAUAUUGAUAUUUUGACAUCACUGAUUACACAUACACAUUUC